AUGGGCAAGGCGUCCAAGGACAAGCGCGACAUCUACUACCGCAAGGCCAAGGAGGAGGGGUGGCGAGCACGUAGCGCCUACAAGCUCCUGCAGCUGGACGACGUCUACCACUUUCUGGAUGGCGUGGACCGCGUGGUUGAUCUCUGUGCGGCCCCAGGGAGCUGGAGUCAGGUGCUGAGCCGGAGGCUCUACCUCCCCGCCGUCAAGUGA